GGUCGGGAGGCGUGUCAAUCAUCUGCGUAUGGACACGCCCACCGCUCUCUCUCAGUGAGCGCCUUCAUUGAACGCGCGAGGACGCAGACGCUGUGCGUGCUUUCGGAGGUACACUCGCACGUAUGACAGGAUACAGACUCGAAGGAAGAAAAUAUGCCAAUCUCCGUCAUCUUUCAUGCGAUGUAUACACCGCUCUGCUGAUUUAAGCAGUAUUGUAGAGGUGAGCCGCGAUGUCUGGCUGCCUAACGCUGAUUGACGGACCGGAUCGGUGGCGCGCGUGUUAACGCACAACGGUGUUUUCAGCUCGUGCGUAAACUUUGCAAGAACUUUGAGGCAUCAAAUCUCUUCCCAUUUUGACGGGCGAGGUGAAACGGCAGCACAAAGCAUGGCGACACAAAACGACUGCUCUGUCAAGGUCUCUUUAAGGAUCCGGCCGCAGAUGGCAAAGGAAAAGAUUGAGGGAUGUCACAUCUGCACCUCCGUUACUCCCGGGGAGCCCCAGGUGCUCUUGGGUAAAGACAAGGCCUUUACGUAUGACUUCGUGUUUGACUUGGACGCUCAGCAACAUCAGAUCUACAGCGCCUGUGUUCACAAGCUGAUUGAAGGCUGCUUCGAGGGAUACAACGCAACCGUCUUCGCUUACGGACAAACCGGUUCAGGGAAGACCUACACCAUGGGCACUGGCUUUGAUGUAACCGUGUCUGAGGAAGAGCAGGGCAUCAUCCCACGGGCCGUGCGACAUCUCUUUCAGGGCAUCCAGAAACACAGACUAGAGGCACAGAGCGCCGGCAUGCCCCUGCCAGAAUUUAAAGUCAGCGCCCAGUUCCUGGAGCUCUAUAACGAGGAGAUCCUGGACCUGUUUGACAGCACACGUGACCCUGAGGCUCGAGGCCGGAAGUCCAACAUUAAGAUCCAUGAGGAUGGGAGCGGAGGCAUCUACACCACAGGAGUGACCUCACGGCUGGUCAGCUCAGAGGAGGAGCUGCUGCAGUGUCUGAAGCUGGGCGCUCUUUCCCGCACCACCGCCAGCACACAGAUGAACGCCCAGAGCUCCCGCUCUCAUGCCAUCUUCACCAUCCACCUCUGCCAGAUGAGAGUCUGCCCGCAGCCACAGAUGAACGGAGAGAUGAGUGAUGUGUCUGAUGCCUCCAUCUCUCAGCCCGAGUACGAGACGCUCACUGCCAAGUUUCACUUUGUGGACCUGGCUGGAUCAGAGCGGCUCAAGCGCACAGGAGCCACAGGAGAGAGAGCGAGAGAGGGCAUCUCUAUCAACUGUGGCCUGCUGGCCCUGGGUAAUGUGAUCAGUGCUUUGGGAGAUCAGAGUAAGAAGGCAGGCCAUGUGCCUUACAGAGACUCCAAACUCACACGCCUGCUGCAGGACUCGCUGGGAGGAAACAGUCGGACCGUGAUGAUCGCCUGCGUGAGCCCCUCUGACCGUGACUUCAUGGAGACCCUGAACACACUGAAGUAUGCCAAUCGGGCUCGCAACAUCAAGAACAAAGUGAUCAUGAACCAGGACAAAACCAGCCAGCAGAUCAGCGCAUUACGAGCAGAGAUCGCACGCCUCCAGAUGGAGAUCAUGGAGUACAAAGCGGGAAAACGAGUGGCCUGUGAAGAUGGAUCCGACGGUUUUAGCGAUCUGUUUCAAGAGAACUCCAUGCUCCAAAAAGAGAAUGACACUCUACGUAUGCGGGUCAAAGCCAUGCAGGAAACCAUCGACCACCUCAACACUCGAGUCACCCAGCUGCUCACCAAUGGAGUCAACCUGCUGCUCACUAAAACUGGUGAAACAAACGAGGAGAUUGGCAAUCUAAUCCAGAACUACAUUCGAGAAAUCGAAGAGCUGAGGUCUAAGCUGCUGGAGAGCGAGGCCAUGAACGAGUCUCUGAGGCGCAGUUUGUCUCGCCUCUCCACCCGCUCUCCACACCCCGCCUCUCCAGCACUCACUCUUGGCUCCUCCCCCUCUGUUUCCAUGGAUGCAGAGAUGACCGAUGUGAUUCGUCAAGCCAAAUUAGAUGUGGAGAGGCUGAAGAAGAAAGAGAGAAAUCAGAGGAGGAAGAGUCCUGAGAAAGAAAAAGGUUUGAAGAAGAGGGCCAAGCUUUAUCCUCAGCAAAAUGGAGAAAAGAGCGAGGAUGGGCUGAGCAGGGAAAACGAAGAGCGAAGAGAAAAUGGAGAUGGAGACUCUGAUAACGAACCUGAAGAGGAUGGCAUGUAUCCUCUUCAGGAGGAUGAUCACGGCGAGAGCGGCUGUGAUGAGGAGGAGGAGGAUGAGGAAGAGGAGACCAGGGAGGAGGAAGAGUUCGACAGCGACGAGAGUCUGGUGGAUUCUGACUCCGACUCAGACGAGAAAGUCAGCUUACAGGCCGAUCUAGCGGACCUGACGUGUGAGAUCGAGAUUAAGCAGAGACUCAUCGAUGAGCUGGAGAACAGCCAGCGCCGGCUCCUGACGCUGAAGAGCCAGUAUGAGGAGAAACUGAUUCUGCUCCAGAACAAGAUCAGAGACACGCAGCUGGAGAGAGACCGCGUGCUGCACAACCUCAUGUCCAUGGAGAACUACACUGAGGAGAAAGCCAGUAAGAUCAAAUCGGAGUAUGAGAAGCGUCUGAAGGAGAUGAACCGAGACCUGCUGAAGCUGCAGGCCGCUCAGAAGGAGCACGCGCGUCUGCUGAAGAACCAGAGCCGCUACGAGAGAGAGCUCAAGAAACUGCAGUCUGAGGUGGCCGAGAUGAAGAAAGCCAAGGUGGCGCUGAUGAAGCAGAUGAAGGAGGAGCAGCAGCGGAGGAGGAUGAUCGAUACGGAGAGGAACAGAGAAAUCGCACAAUUGAAGAAAGAGCAGCGACGACAAGAGUAUCAGAUCAGAGCUUUGGAGUCCCAGAAGCGCCAGCAGGAGAUCGUGUUGCGGAGGAAGACGCAGGAAGUGACGGCGCUGAGGCGGCUGGCCAAGCCCAUGUCGGAGCGUGUGGCCGGACGUGUGGUCCGCAAACUCACCAGUGUGGACUCCGGAGCGGAGCUGUCCACCAGCACCACAACCUCCGAACACGAAUCCUCUCGCUCGGUGACCAGCAUCAUACGCCAGUGGAAUACCAAACUGAACGGAUUCCUGGGAGAGAAUGAGAGCCACGGGACUGGAGGAAGCCUGGCCAGUAGCAGAAAAAAGUUCCAGCGAAAAAGUACGAGCACAAGUUUUUCAAAGACAGCCCGUCAGAAGUGGCAGUCUCUGGAGAGGAGGAUCAUGGAUAUUGUGAUGCAGAGAAUGACCAUCACUAAUGUGGAAGCUGAUAUGGAUCGCCUCAUCAAGAAACGUGAGGAGCUGUCCGUGCAGCAGGAGGCGCUGUUGCGCAAGAGAGAAAAGUUACUGAACGAGGGCUUCGGAGAGGAUGAGGAGGAGAGGCUCCUUCAGGAGAUGAACGAGGAGAUUGAGGUGCUCAAUGCCAACAUCGACUACAUCAGCGACAGUCUGUCAGACUGCCAGGCCACCAUCGUACAGAUCGAGGAGACCAAGGAUGAGCUGGACUCUGUGGACACCUCAGUGGUCAUCAGUUCCUGCUCGCUGGCCGAAGCUCGCGCUCUCCUGGACUACUUCCUCAAAGCCUCUAUUGACAAGGGGUUACAAGUUGCUCAAAAAGAGGCUCAAAUUCGCCUUCUGGAGGGUCAGCUGCGGCAGACGGAUGUGAUUGGCUCUUCCCACAAUCACAUGAUCCUGGAUGCUCUUAGGGAAAAGGCAGAGUGUAUCCCUGAGCUGCAAGCUCUAAUCCACAAUGUCCAGCAAGAGAAUGGCUAUGCGAGCACAGAUGAGGAUGCGUCUGAGUUCAGUCAGGCAUCAGAGGGCGGGUUUUCACAGAUGAAGUUGUCUGCGAGUCAAGAUGACUUUAAGAUGAAGGUUGAGCCUCGGCUAGCUGCACAAAUGAAGGCAGUGUCAGCUGAGUAUUUGGGCCCGAUUCUGACCCUCACCUCCAAGAACAUCACUAAGUCCCUGGCUUCUCUGUCGGAGAUCCACGAGAACGGCCUGGUCCACAAAGAGGUCUAUUCCAGAGAUCUGGUGUCUCGAACCAUCAGCCUGCCUGUCAGAGGACACACUUUCCCAAGGCAGUCCAGAGGAUCUGACACAUCUCCCUUAACAAGGAGGCAGUCAUACGACCGAGGCCAGCCAUAUAGAAGUCCAGAGGUAGGCUACACCCCUCCUCCUUCCCCUCCACUUCGAAUACGCAACGACCGCAACGUCUUUUCCCGGCUGACAAGCAACCAGAGCCAGGGCUCAGCACUCGACAAGUCGGAUGACAGCGACUCCUCUCUCUCGGAGGUGCUCAGGGGUGUAAUCACUCCCACAGGUGGGCUGAAGGGGGGCAGGACGGCCCCCCUACAGUGUGUGGCGAUGGCCGAGGGACACACCAAACCUGUGCUUUGUCUGGAUGCCACGGACGAGCUGCUAUUUACUGGAUCUAAAGAUCGAACCUGCAAGAUGUGGAACCUGGUGACUGGACAGGAAAUCGUGACGCUGAGAGGACAUCCUAACAACGUUGUGUCUGUCAAAUACUGCAGCUACUCUGGCCUGGUCUUCACAGUUUCCACCUCCUAUAUCAAAGUAUGGGACAUUCGGGAUUCUGCCAAGUGCAUCCGGACCUUCACGUCAUCAGGUCAGGUGGUCUCAGGCGAUGCCUGUGCUGGUACAACCACUCGCACCAUCACUACAGCCCAAGGCGAGUACCAGAUCAACCAGAUCGCCCUCAAUCCCUCCGGAUCUGUGCUGUAUGCUGCUGCAGGCAACACUGUCCGCACUUGGGACCUUAACAGAAUGCAGGCCACUGGCAAGCUCACCGGACACAUUGGGUCAGUCAUGUGUCUUACAGUGGGUUACUCUGGAGGAGGCAAGGAUCAAGUGAUCACUGGAUCCAAAGACCAUUAUGUGAAGAUAUUUGAUGUUGCGGAGGGAACCCAGGGUAACAUCGGACCAGCUCAUAACUUCGAGCCCCCUCAUUACGAUGGGAUUGAGUGCCUUGCUGUACAUGGUGAUGUACUGUUCAGUGGAUCCCGAGACAAUGGCAUUAAGAAAUGGGAUCUGGGACAGCAGGAACUUAUUCAGCAAAUCCCAAAUGCACACAAGGAUUGGGUGUGUGCUCUGGCGUUUGUUCCCGGACGGCCCAUGCUCCUCAGUGCCUGUAGGGGGGGAAUGCUCAAGGUGUGGAACGUGGACAACUUCACACCCAUCGGAGAGAUUAAGGGCCAUGACAGCCCUAUCAAUGCCAUCUGCGCCAAUUCCAAACAGAUCUUUACUGCCUCCAGUGACUGUCGGGUGAAGUUGUGGAGUUAUGUCCCUGGGCUCACGCCCUGUCUGCCCCGUCGGGUCCUGGCCAUCAAGGGCCGGGCCACCAGCCUCCCCUGAGCCUCCACUAACCACCUCCUGCCUGGUUCCCUCUGUGACAUGAGAGUAAAGAUCUGGAAUCCGAAGAUGGGGAAGAAAAGGUGACGAACCUCCGUUUGGAACGAUUGCCGUCAAUGGAGCCUUUUUGGGCUGUCGGCUUAAUUGGACACCAUAGCUUUAGGUGUCUGAAAUCGACCUUGGCGAAAGUCCAUGGGUAAGCUGUCUCACUCCAGAAGGUGGGUUUCUUGGACCUGCCUUAAGGAGACGAGACACAACCCUUUGAACCGGAGUCACAUCCGAGGAAUAUGAUCCAAUGAUCAUGAGAGUCUGAGAGAGGCUACUGCAGGUUUCUUUCGUCUGGAUGUGCCAUUUUGAUGACGACGAAACUGUAUUAUCUGUGCAUUGAAGGGUCCUUCUGCACUUCCUGUCUAAACGGAAACAUUGAGACAACUUCAUCUGUAGGUGCUGCUUUUACUUCUGAAUAUUUAUCACAUCAAGAUGGCAUCACUUCAGAGUCACUUUUUUGUAAUUACUAAAGAGCCAUAUGACUUUAGCUUUGAUGUCGUAUCAGAAACUGAAUCCAUUUUCUCAGUAUCCUGAAGAUUGGCACCUUUUGUGUUUACUGAUAUGAGCAGAUAGAGAGUCGUCAUCAAUCCCAGUCCCAAGUUCCCUUGAAACAUUGUGCAAUAGUAUGGACCACCACAUUUUUCAAUGCCUUGCUCUUCAGAGGGUUUCUCUGAACAUUUCUAAUAACUAAUGGCUUCCUUAAACCCCCCUAAACCACAAACAAACACUGCUUCCUUUGCUUUUAAAUUCAUUCGCUCCAUCCUGCUGUGAAUUUAGUUUUCUACCUCAGGUUUAAAAUUAGAUUUUGUGAGUUAAACCUUCACUGAUUCUGGUUUGUCUUCUGGAUGUGUGGAUAGAGGUCUCCGAAGCAUAAAGCAGUAUUCAGAGUCUGCUGAGUGGGCAUUUUGAGAGUCUCAUCAGAGGGAUUGAGUUUGGUGAUAUUAUCAGACAGUUUUAGGCAGAACUAUAUGUUACCUCAGACUCAAGCAUCUGAUGGGUAGAGUAUAAAAGAUUCAUUUUCAUGUUGUUGGACGUAGUCCUGGUACGACAAAAACAAUUUCAGACAAUCUACUGGAAUGUUGGAUGAAAUUUUGGUCACUUUGUUUUGCCCAUUAUUUAUUUUUUCUAUAAGGCUACCAUAUAACACUUUAAAAUAGAAGUUUUAAAGAAUUUGCACGGCAUGCCUGGUCCAAGUUAUCUAUUAUCUUUUUUUUUUUUUUUUUUUUUUAAAGGAACAGUUCACCGAAGAAUGAAAAUUGUUCUUUACUCUACACCUUUUUCUUCAACAAAAUAAGACGGUUAGUAGAUUGUUGUAGCUGCUCUUUUUCAUAAAAUCAAGGUACAUGGAGGAAGAGCACCAUAAAAACAGUAUAUAAAAAUCACAACCAAUCAUUAUCAUAAAUCCCAAUCAAUUAUUAUUAUAAAUCAUCUGUUUCACCUCAUUCUUAUCUGUGUAUAUCCAUAGCAUGUCAUUUCUCAAACAAAUCUAUCAUUUGACUUAAAACAAAAAAUCAGAAUAUAGUGCACAAGUAUUUAUUUUCUUAUUCUUCGCACUUUUUGGAGCUUGCUUUUGCUCAUACAUGAUCAAUAUGGAAAAGAGCAAUUGGAUCAAUCUGCAAAAUUUCUCCUUUUGUGUUCCAGUGAAGAAAGAAAUUCAUAAAGGUUUGGGACAACAUGAAGUUUAGUAAAUUAUUACAUAAUGUUCUUUUUCGGAUGAUCUACCCCUUUAAGACCCCAUGAUAAGAUGCUAAAUGAACAUCAGCCUCUGAUGUUUCUCCACUAUCACACUUUUGAUCAAGCAUCAAGCAUGUUGAAGACAGCAGUGUUAAAGUAGGUCGAAUUAGGCGUCGUGUUUUUCAGUUUCACUCCCUAUUAAAUGAAAUAGGAAGCAGCCUCCUCUGAUUUGGAGGAUGCGGUGUGCCUGAUGUGGGAGCGUGGGCAUCGCGAGCUUGUCUUGCUAGAGAAAAUGCAACUCUGUUUGUUUUUACACCAUUAAUCUUGCUCUGCCACACGCCACUCCCUUCUCAGGCUUUCCUAGAUUUACAGUCUUUUUUAAUGAAACAUAUCUAUCACUCUUAAAUAUUUUUUUGCGGCCCUUGGCAAUGCACCAGCUGCAUACAUGAGCUACUGUAAGGAGGAAGCUCUUAUUUCCAGACGACAGAGAUGUGGUUUAUCUGAUGAACGACCCACAGCAUGGAUAAUCCCACAUCAAGUGCUGCAAGAGUGCAGCGGGAUUCCCAAGCUACCAAAAGAGAUUUUUACCAAAUUUAUAAGUUACCCUUUUUUGAUUGAAUACGACGAGAUGUGGCGAAGCUGCUGUCAGUCACAAAGCUUCUAUACAGUGGUUAUAUAUUUCUAAGGAUGAGUCUCUAUGCUGGAAUCUUUUGCAUAAUGUAAAGCUCAUAUACAUACAUAAAUAUUCAUAAGGAAGAAAGCAGUAGGGGAUUCCUUAAUCUUUAGGUUAAUAUAUUCCUACCAGUGGUUCGCAGUGCAUACACCUUUAGAUUUGUCCAUAGACAGAGAAUCAUUUAAGAUUUUAUUUGGGUUCAUGUUUCUAGAAUGUAUUAACAAUUUUUUUUUUUAUAACCAAAUCCAUUUUUUCCCCUUUGAAACAGUAGUGAACUCAUAAAAGAAAUGGGUCUUGGAUCUUUUCUGUGAAGUCUUUUUAAAAUAAGGCCAAAUUUAUUAAAUAAUGAUCAGAGCAUCUGCUUCAAAGAACAUUUGUUUUCAAAACUGUGAAAAAUGCUGCUUUUAUACCAUCUUGCUCUUUUUCAUGUGCGUUUGUGUGUUUUGUUCUUAGAGGGAGCUCAAAAUAUACAGCGUCAAACGUGUUGCCAAAGUUUGAUUUAAAUAAUCACUUGCACAUUUCUGUCAUCUAACAUAAACCCCCUUGGAUCACUUUGCAAAAUUGUAAGUUUAUGCUGGAACGAAACAAACAACAUUCCUCAUUCGAAAAAUGAGUUGCAGUGCAGUUGCAUAAUGCAACUAUUGACAAAUUAUUUUCGGUACAAUUUCUACAAUUCUUUGUUUGUUUCAAUGAAUGAGGUUAAGAGCUCAUUUGUUUUAACAGUAUGCUCUUUUAAUAAUGCAUACAUAUACGGGGUCAACCUUUUUUAAUAAGUGCCCCUCAUUAAUGAGAUUACGAUGGACUGUGUGUCCUAUAGCUCAUUUCAUUUUAGAAAUGAAAUAGCAUUGUUUUCGAUAGCAUUUUUUUUUACAAUUGUAAUAUUAUUGAGAAGAGAGCUCGUGCUUGGUAUUGCUAGGACUUAAAGACUGUGAAAUUGGUUUGCAAAUUCAGUUCCAUAAUAACACUGAUAAUUUUAGCGUCUCGGUUAUUUCUACAUUGUGUCUGAAAGCACAUUGGUUGACUAGACUGCUUCUGAGAUUGACAGAUGCAACCUUAAACCGACGCUUUUUACAGCCAUGCCAGUCAGUGGCCUGCAAUUCCUGGUGCUCAGCUUUAAGUCGCUAUAUAGCGGGCUUAAAUUUCAAUGUACAGUAUCUGAAGCUUUUGGGGUUAAUCUUUCUUAUGCAUUCAGCUUCACAGCAGUAGUUUACCAGUGGUACGUUUAGUGUUGUAGCUUUAUAGUACUUAUAUUUCAGAUUCUAGGCCAGUGAUGCAUGGCAUUGACAUGCUGUAUAAGCUUCUGCAUCUGUAUAGAAUCUCUUUUCUCUACAGGGGAGAUGCUGACACCUGUUUACUGAUCAGCGUAGUGCUAACUUGUGGCUUUGCCCCCCCUGUGAUGCCAAAGGUUAGCAGGUUGCCACUGUUGCCCCAGCUGCCUUGCGCCCCUCUCUGUCUCUCCCGGCCUGAAGCGCAGGGCCACUCUGCAAUACGCCUUCCGCCUUACUCCGCUUUCAGCGUGUGGAACAUCAUGACAUCGCAAAACACUGCUGCUAAAUCCCCUUUUUUUUUGGGAAAACAAGCAAAUGUGUUUGAAUGGGGUGCUUUCUAGUUACCUGGCAACCCAGGUAGGCAAUUAAUACGCAGAUUAGAAAAGACAUUUAAGUAAUAGAGAAAAAGAGGCUGGAAUUAAAGGCUUGACAGAACAAUCAGUCAUUUUAGAGCCGUCCUGCUGUAACACUGAGUUGAGCUGACAGUUUUUUGAUCUCCAUGAGCAGGUGAAAUGCAGCGGGGCAUAUACACACACACACAAAUAAAGGUUACAGGUGCCUUUUAUCACAUUUAUUCCUCCCGAGAAAUGUAAACUAUUGUACAGCAUUUGCAUGCAACCAAACUUGAUGUUAAAUAUUUGACUGUAAAUACUGUACAGGUUUUAUUUAAUGACUGUUCAAGUAUUCCAUCAGAGAAAUAAAAAAAAUUAAUUAAAAAAA